AUGAGUUUCUUUAGGUCUAAAUAGAUGAAAUAUUAUAGUUUAGUCAUCCCAAGAGAGAGUGCUUGGAUGGUCAUGGAUCAAUUGGGAAGAUUGGGAUAGUUACACAUGAUAGAUUAUGAUCCUCUAUUACCAAUGAUGAAUCGGCCAUUUGCCAAUUAUGUAAAAAGAUGUGAUGAAGCAUUGUUCAAAUUGAUAGGAAUUGAGUCACUCCUAAAGUAAUUCAAAAAAAAUCUAAUUCAUUGUGAAGAUACCCAAAAGUUACUUGAUCAUUUUAGAGACAUUUAAAAUUCAAGAUAAAAACCUGGACAUACUUAUUUUGAUGAAUUAGAGUAGGAAAUAGAGAGAAAAAAAAAUCAUGUUUAAGAGAUGUCAAAUAAUUUGUAGAAUUUAUUAGAUAGAGUAGAUUCAAUUACAGAAUAAAAAUUAGUAUUAGAAAAAGCAAAAGAAGUUUUGGGAAACUCGAUAGCUAUUCCUCAUAAUGUAAAUGAUUAUUAACAAUUAAAAUUUGGACAAUUAAUUGGUGUAAUUGAUAAAGAGGAUGAAACCAGAUUUAAAAGAAUAAUGUUUAGAAUUACAAAAGGUAAUGCAUGGGUUAAUAUUGUGGAUCUUUUGCCUGAAAAAUAACACCAUUAAAUAAAAACAUAAAUAGAUCUCAAUAGAGCAUAAUAACCAAGAUGCUUGUAUGUAGUUGUUUAUCCUGGAAUGAAUGAUUAGAGCACUUUGAAAUAGAAAUUGCUCAAAGUUUGUGAUUCAUUUGCUAAAAAUAGAAUAGAAUAUCCAAAUUCUUAAGAAGCUAUGGAUAAUAAAUUAAGGGAAUUAUCCAUUCAAAUUAAUGAGGCAUUAAAUUUAAUUUAAAUGACCAAAAAAUAAUUAGAUGUUACUUUGGAUGAGUUUGUUAAGGAGUAGAAUGGAUGCAAUUGCUCUUACUUUGAAUAGUUAAGAUUAUAUGUUUUAAAAGAGAAAUAUCUCUAUGUUAAUUUAAAUUACUUGAUGAUGUAAGGUUCAAUUUUUACUGGAUAUUUCUGGUUACCUGAAGGACUUGAAGCUUAAGUUGAAGAUAAAUUAAGAAAUGCUAUGUAGAAUAGUAUUGACAGAUUUCCGACUGGAUAAAUUUAAGAGAUGAAACCAAAACCAGGAGAUCUGGCCCCUACUUAUUUCAAACUGAAUGAAGUUACAAUGCCAUUCUAAGAAAUUGUAAAUACAUAUGGAGUACCAAGGUAUCAAGAAGUUAAUCCUGGUUUAUUCACAGUAAUUACAUUCCCAUUCCUAUUUGGAGUGAUGUUUGCAGAUAUUGCUCAUGGUUUCUUAUUGCUGUUGUGUGGAUUAUAUGUGAUAGUCUGGAAAAACUAAUUAAAGAAAGAGACAGAUUCUAUGUUUAAUGCAAUGAUUCCAUUUAGAUAUCUAUUAGCUCUAAUGGGAUUAUUUGCAUUCUAUAAUGGAUUAAUUUACAAUGAUUAUCUCUCAAUAUCUCUUGAUCUUUUUGGUAGUUGUUAUUAUCCUAAACAUGAAGAAUGGGAAAGGGAAUAGAAUUGUGUAUAUCCAUUUGGGAUUGAUCCUGUUUGGUUGGCAUCAGGAUCAAGUCUAAAUUUCAUGAAUUCCUACAAGAUGAAAUUGGCUGUAAUUUUAGGAGUAAUUCACAUGUUAUUUGGAAUUUUAAUGAAAGGAGCCAAUACUUUAUAUUUCAGAAACUAUUUGGAUUUUUUCUGCGAAUUCAUCCCCCAAUUGUUAUUUAUGGCUUGCACAUUUGGUUGGAUGGAUUUCCUAAUCAUAAUGAAAUGGUUGAAUGUGUAUCCAAAUGGAAAAGAUCCUAGUAUCAUAGAGACAAUGAUUAAUCAAGUUCUAAAACCUAUGGAUGAAUCUGCCACACCAGUUUUUCCAGAUAAUGCUCCUUUGCAAUUAAUCUUAACUUAAUGGUUAACAGUAAUUGCACUAGUGAGUAUUCCUUGGAUGUUGUUGCCAAAACCCUUAAUUUUGGGUUCAAGUCACAAGAAACAUAAGGUGAGAUCCGAGGAUAUUGAUCCUUAAUAAUUUAGAAAGGAUUUACAGUUUGCUAUUUCUAGCAAGAGCAUAGAGCUUUUUGAAUAGGAACAUGAUUCUGGAGAAAUUUGGGUGCAUCAGAUGAUCGAGACAAUUGAAUUCGUUUUAGGAGGUAUAAGUAACACUGCAUCAUAUCUUCGUUUGUGGGCAUUAUCUCUGGCUCAUGGAUAAUUAGCAGAGGUGUUUUAUGAUAUGUGUAUUGCAGGAAAAUUAGACAUGGGUGGAAUUAUAGGGGGACUAAUGAGUGGAUACUUUUACAUUGUGUUUGCCUUGUUGACAUUUGGAGUGUUGAUGAUGAUGGAUGUUAUGGAAUGUUUUUUGCAUGCCUUAAGAUUGCAUUGGGUUGAAUUUUAGAGUAAAUUCUAUAAGGCUGAUGGAUAUCUUUUCGUUGGAUAUUCCUAUAACAAAAUUUUAACAGAACAUCUUAAAUGA